AUGGGGUGGGCGUCGGAGAGGCUGUGGGCGCUGCGGGGGACGGAGCGGCAGCGGCGGCUGGCCCUGGUGGUCGUGUGCGUGGCGCUGUUCCUGGACAACAUGCUGUACAUGGUCAUCGUGCCCAUCGUGCCCGACUACCUGGCGACCCUGCGGGGCGCGGGCGGGGCCCCAACGGCAGCGCGGGGGGGCACGGCGGGGGCGGCGGCGGCGGAGCAUCAGCAGCACCCGCAGCAGCAGCAGGAGGAGGAGGAGCAGGAGGAGGAGGAGGAGGACGCGCGGAUCGGGGUGCUGUUCGCCUCCAAGGCCCUGCUGCAGCUUCUGGUGAACCCCCUGAGCGGGGCCUUCAUCGACCGCGUGGGCUACUCCGUCCCGCUGCUGCUGGGGCUGGGCGUCCUGUGCGGGUCCACGCUGCUGUUCGCCCUGGCCGAGGACUACGCCGCCCUGUUCGCCGCCCGCAGCCUGCAGGGCCUGGGCUCGGCGCUGGCCGACACGUCGGGCCUGGCCAUGAUCGCCGACAGGUUCCCCGAGGAGCCGGAGCGCAGCCGCGCCCUGGGGGUGGCCCUGGCCUGCGUCAGCUUCGGCAGCCUGGUGGCCCCGCCCUUCGGGGGCGUCCUCUACCAGCUGGCCGGCAAGCGGGUGCCCUUCCUGGUCCUGGCCGCCGUGUGCCUGCUGGACGGGCUGCUGCUGCUGCCCGCCGUGGUCCGGCCCGACGGGCGCCUGGACGGGCCCGCGGACCGGCCGGCGGGCACCCCCUUCCACCGCCUGCUGCGGGACCCCUACGUGGCCGUGGUGGCGGGCGCGCUGACCACCUGCAACAUCCCGCUGGCCUUCCUGGAGCCCACGGUGGCCACCUGGAUGCAGCGGACCAUGGGCGCCUCCGAGUGGCAGCGGGGCCUGGUCUGGCUGCCCGCCUUCGCCCCGCACGUGCUGGGCGUCUACCUGACGGUGCGGCUGGCCGCCCGCUACCCGCACCUGCAGUGGUUCCUGGGCGCCCUGGGGCUGCUGGCCAUCGGGGCCAGCUCCUGCCUCGUGCCCGCCUGCCGCUCCUUCGGCCAGCUGGUGCUGCCCCUGUGCGGCAUCUGCUUCGGCAUCGCGCUGGUGGACACGGCCCUGCUGCCCACGCUGGCCUUCCUGGUGGACCUGCGCCACGUGUCCGUCUACGGCAGCGUCUACGCCGUGGCCGACGUGUCCUACUCGGUGGCCUACGCCCUGGGGCCCAUCGUGGCCGGCCACAUCGUGCACACGCUGGGCUUCACGCGGCUCAGCCUGGGCAUGGGCCUGGUCAACGUGCUCUACGCGCCCGUGCUGCUCCUGCUGCGACGCGUCUGCACCCUGCGCCCCUCCCGCUCCGAGCGCGACGUCUUACUGGACGAGCCGCCCCGAGGGCUCUACGACACCAUCCGGCUGAAGGACCGGCCCGUCGGUCCGGACGGGCCCCCGGACUGGCAGCCGGACGACGAAGGGUCUCCGGACCACCCCGGGGGCGCGGCAUCCCCCCGGCCCCGCUCCGAGGCGGAGGACGAGGGCAGUUAGACCGUCCGGGGGGGGCGCGGCCCCUCCUUGGGCACAUCGAGGGUCCGA